AUGACUUGCCUGUUACCUACAAUAACUUAUGGAGCCGAGUUCUGGAGUCUCACAGUGAAAGCCAGAUGGAAGCUGAUUAGAACGGUCAGACAGAUGGAAAGAAUGAUGUUGGGAAUAACAUGGAGAGAUAAAAGAAGUGCUGAGAUCAGAAGAAGGACGGGUCUCAAGAGCGCCAGUCUUGUAGCGACUGAGAAGAAGUGGAACUGUGCUUGGAAGAUGUUGACAGCACAAGAUGAACGAUAA